ACCCACUCGGACCAGCUGCAGGAGAGAGUCGAAUAACUUGUGGCCGCUUUCCUGGGCGCAGACCCCACCUACCUCUGCACGUUCCUCAAGACCUACAGGACAUGUGCGCCUAGUGAGGUCACCUUGCAAAUUUUGUUUAGCAGAUACAGAAGCUUCUUCAGCUUCAGGGACCGAGAUCGGAGACUCCUGGAGCAGCAGAAAAGGGCCAUGACCUCCAUCCUGGGCACCUGGAUGAAUCUGCAUCCAGAGGAUUUUCUCCAGCCCCCAGAAUACCGCAGCCCGAAGCUGGUGCUGGCUUACGCGAGGCUCAACAUGCCGGGCACGCGGGUGGAUCGAAGGGCCCAGUUUCUCGAACUGUGCAUGUUCCAUGAGCCCGAUGAGCCAGAGGCUCCAGCUCCAUCUGAGGAGCAAGACCCAGGCGCCCCUCAGGAGCUCACCACCGCUCCCGCCCUGGUGCCCGAUGCAGCUGCGGAGACCCAGCCUCCUGAGGCCAUGUCCCCUCCUGGAGCUCAACCAUCCGAGGAAGCGGCCACCCUACCUGCGGUGCCAACACCAGGGCUGAAGGUGGUCGCCGCUCUUACUGACCCUCAGGAGCCGGACGCGGCACGUGCACCGUUGGGGACCCCCGAGCAGCCGCAGCCUGCAGCCCCAGCUGGCGGGGUCUGUGAAGGCGCCGAACAACACCCUGCUGGAGCUGAGCGACCACCUCAGCUCCCGAGCAGCGGCUCCCGGUGGCUACAGCCCCGCAGGCUGAUGGCCUUGACCAUGACAGCGGUGUUUGUCGUCUGUGUGUCUUUUAUCAACAUGUUUAAUGGUUUUUGGGUUUUCUUUAGGAAAUAAAAUAUAAAUUCACUUC